AAGGCCACUGGGUCGCUCUGCCAAAAAGCCCUGAAGAGACCUGUGAAAGGGGUGGUGAGGCGCAUUUGAUCUCUGGGCUUCCCCGUGUCACCCCAGCAUGUGCACCGGGAGCUGUGCCAAGUGCCUGGGGGGCACCCUCAUUCCCCUGGCUGUGUUUGGCUUCCUGGCCAACGUCCUGCUCUUCUUCCCCGGAGGAAAGGUGAUCAGUAACAACGACAACCUUUCGGCAGAGGUCUGGUAUUUCGGAGGAAUUAUAGGAAGCGGGGUCUUGAUGAUCUUCCCUGCGCUCGUGUUCUUGGGCCUGAAGAACAACGACUGCUGCGGCUGCUGCGGGAACGAGGGCUGCGGGAAGCGGUUCGCGAUGUUCACCUCUACGAUAUUCGCUGUGAUCGGAUUCCUGGGCGCUGCGUAUUCCUUCGUCAUCUCAGCCGUCUCCAUCAACAAGGGUCCGAAGUGUCUCACGGGCAAUAACACAUGGGAUUACCCCUUCCACAACGGGGACUACCUCAGUGACCAAGCCUUGUGGAACAAGUGUCAAGAGCCCGCUGACGUGGUUCCCUGGAACCUGACCCUCUUCUCGAUCCUGCUGGUGGUUGGAGGGAUACAGAUGGUUCUCUGCGCCAUCCAGGUGAUCAACGGUCUCCUGGGGACCCUGUGUGGAGACUGCCAGUGCUGUGGCUGCUGUGGGGGAGAUGGACCUGUCUAACCUGCAACGCUGAUCUAAUUUAUGCGCUCAGCAUAUGGGCAGCCUUGCCCGUGACCCCGCCUUGCCCACUGGGGUCACCCAUUCCUGGAUGCUUCCUCACCCUCACCGACAAGGCUUGAGGAAAGUAGAAAAAUCCUUUCCUCUUUCCAGACAGCUUGGCUCAAGUUUGAGUUUU